AUGAAUCUCAACCGGGUAAUUGUUAGUGUGGCCAAAGACAUGAAUGACUUGCUUUUCAUCUUUUCUGGGGCUGUAAUGUUAACUUGUGGAAUUGGUUUGGGUACUUCUGGUUUGAGCUUUGGUUAUGGGGUUGGGGCUGAGGUCAUGGUUAUAGGCUGUCAAUCAGGCUCAUGUCAGUUUUGGUUUUGGAUUGAUCACCUCAACAUGAUAACUUAUGUAGUUGGAACGAGUGGAUUCGAUGGACUGGAAAAGAAGUGA